GAAAAAGUGCUAAGAAUUCAGUACGGAUAGUACAAUCUGAGAAAUUCUCAGCGUUAUCAAAGUGCUUCCAAUAUACAUUGAUUAAAGCGGAACGGCCUUAUUCUAUAUGCAAUCUACGCGCUGCAUAUGUAUAACGCAACCUAAGUCCACGUUUUGUGAACUCUAGAAGUGCUUCAAAAUAAGAUACCAGCUGAAUCCCGGAGCAACACUAUAACUCAGGCUUCUUUUUGCCAUAGCUCUCAACUCCAAUGAGCGCAUAGGAGAGAGUAAAAGCUAUUGUUUAAAAUUCAUCAACUGUACUCGCCACCGAUUACUGCAAAAACUGACCAUAUUAUUUAGUUACAAUGACUAUUUUAAAGACUCUAAUUGCCGGAGGACAAAUAUGUCUCAAAAGAUUUUAUGCUACAAGUCCAAAAUUUAUUGAAGUUACACAAGACAAUGGUAUCGAAAUUAUAUCUAUGGCAAGAAAACCUGUUAACUGUUUAAAUACAGAGUUGCUAAAUGAACUGAAGCUUUUAAUAUCAGAAGCUCAAAAUAAUCGUAGUAAAGGCAUUAUAUUAACGUCGUCCCUACCAACUGUAUUCUCAGCAGGAUUAGACAUUAUGGAACUCUUUACAACUGAUAAAGGGAAACUUAUUGACUUCUGGCGAACAUUACAAGACACUUGGUUGACUGUUUACAGUUCGGCUAUACCGAUUGCUGCUGCUAUCAAUGGCUCUAGUCCUGCGGGUGGCUGUCUAUUCGCAAUGUCUACAGAAUAUAGAGUCAUGGUUGAAGGCAAGCAUGUUAUAGGCUUAAAUGAAACACAAUUAGGUAUGGUUGCUCCAAAAUGGUUCAAGGAUGUUUAUAUCUCAUUGCUUGGCUAUCGACAAGCUGAACUGGCGCUUUUAAAAGGAGCCAUGUUUAAGCCUGAGAAGGCACUGCAGCUUGGACUUAUAGAUGAACUCGCUAAAGAUAAAGCGGACGCAAUUGAAAAGUGCAAAAAUUACAUAUUAUCUUUUGAUAAUAUACCAGGUUUGGGAAGGACCAUCACCAAGGUAGACUUACGAAACGACUUGAUUCAGUGGUUGAAGGAAAAUAAGAAGGCUGAUACCGACAAUUUCGUGAACUAUGUGCAAUCACCAAAAGUACAAGAUGGCCUUAAACUUUACGUUGAAUAUUUGAAGAAGAAGUAAUAAUAGAUAUCUUGAAAUGAGACAAUAUAUUUCUGUUAUAUUUUACCAAU